UUAAUACCAGAAAUGAUCCCACAGUCACUGUGACGUAAUGAAUGUCUUCAAGUUGUACGGUUUAACUACUAUAAAAAACAUUCAUCGAGUGAUAUUGGUGUUUACAUUUUUGUUCACUUGUGUUUCCAUAGUGAUGGCAGAGGCCCACCAGGCCGUGGCGUUCCAGUUCACCAUAACACCAGAGGGUAUUGACCUGCAGCUGUCCUACCAGGCCCUGAACCAGAUCUACCUGUCCGGAGUCCGAUCAUGGAAGAAACGAGUCAGCCGCAUAAGGAACAGGGUGAUUAAGGGAGUAUACCCAGCCAGCCCUUCCUCUUGGCUCUUUGUCGUCAUAGCGAUCCUGGCCACCAUGUACAUGCGCUCAGAUCCCAGCAUGGGGCUCAUCGCCAAGAUACAGCAACACCUGCCACUAAGUCUCCAUGUCUCCCUCAGUGCCCAGGGUCAGACUAUGGUGUCAGCGCUGGUCUUCAGCACUCUGCUGUGGCUCUCCCUCAUCCUCGCGCUCAGGUUCUGCCUCAAGCUGCUGCUGUCCUAUCACCAGUGGAUGUUUGAACAACACGGCCGUGUUUCCAACACCACUAAAGUCUGGGUGACUCUGCUAAGGUUAUUAUCAAGCAGGAAGCCUCUGCUCUACAGCUAUCAGACCUCUCUCCCUCACCUGCCUGUUCCUGCCAUCAAAGACACACUGAGCAGGUACCUGGAGUCCGUUCGCCCUCUGUUGACUGAUCCCGAGUUUAAACGAAUGACUGAACUGGGCAAUCAGUUUGAGUCCAGCCUGGGAAACCGUCUCCAACGCUACUUGAAACUGAAAGCUCUGUGGGCCACAAACUAUGUGAGCGACUGGUGGGAAGAAUACAUCUACUUGAGAAGCCGAAGUCCUAUCAUGGUCAACAGUAACUACUAUGGCAUGGACUUUCUGUAUGUGACCCCGACCCCGGUGCAGGCUGCCAGAGCAGGCAACACUAUAACUGCCCUGCUGCUCUACCGCCGCAAGGUAAACCGAGAGGAACUCAAACCGAGUCGUGUUCCAGGUACUGUCAUCCCUCUGUGUGCCGCUCAGUGUGAGAGGAUGUUCAACACAACACGCACUCCAGGAGCUGAGACUGACGUGCUACAGCACUGGCAGGACAGUGAGUUUGUGGCGGUGUACCACAAGGGGCGCUUUUUCCGCCUGUGGGUGUACCGGGCAGGCCGACUGCUGUCUCCCAGGGAGAUCGAGUACCAGGUCCAGAGGAUUUUGGAUGACUCCUCACCCCCGCAACCCGGAGAGGAAAAACUGGGGGCUCUCACUGCUGGAGACAGGAUUCCUUGGUCUCAAAUGAGGAAGCAGUACUUCAGCUCCGGCGUCAACAAGCGAUCGCUGGAUGCCAUCGAGAGGGCAGCCUUCUUUGUGACCUUGGAUGAUGAAGAGCAAGGCAUGAGGGGAGAGGACCCAGCAGGAAACCUGGACCGCUACGCCAAGUCCCUGCUCCAUGGGAAAUGUUAUGACAGGUGGUUUGAUAAAUCAUUCUCCAUUGUGAUCUACAAGAAUGGGAAGAAUGGGCUGAAUGCAGAGCACUCCUGGGCUGACGCACCGACCGUGGCUCACCUUUGGGAGUACACCCUGGCCACAGAUGCCUUCCAGCUCGGCUACACUGAGGACGGGCACUGUAAAGGCGAGGUGGACCGCUCACUGCCCUACCCUCAGAGGCUUCUCUGGGACAUCCCCUCAGAGGUUCAGGCUGAGGCACAGAGUUCCCUGACUGUUGCGCAGGCCCUGGCUGAUGAUGUGGACUGCCAUGUGUUCCCCUUCAGCGUGUUUGGUAAAGGACGCAUCAAGAAGCUUCGCAUCAGCCCAGACGCAUUCAUACAGAUCGGCUUACAGCUGGCAUACUACAGGGAUCGUGGUGGUUUCUGUCUGACCUACGAGGCGUCGAUGACCCGUCUGUUCAGAGAGGGCCGGACGGAGACUGUGCGAUCCUGCUCCAACGAAAGCUCUGCCUUUGUCAAAGCUCUAGAGGAUGGGGAGGCAGCGGAGCAGUGCAGGCGUCUCUUCCGACUGGCUUCUGAGAGGCACCAGAACCUUUAUCGGAUGGCUAUGACUGGAGCUGGAAUCGACAGACACCUCUUCUGCCUGUAUGUGGUGUCCAAGUACCUGGGGGUGGAGUCACCGUUCCUUAAAGAGGUUUUGUCAGAGCCCUGGCGUCUCUCCACCAGUCAGACGCCAGUUCAGCAGAUGGAGUUGUUUGACCUGAAGAACCAUCCCGACUUUGUGUCGCUGGGCGGAGGGUUCGGACCUGUCGCUGAUGAUGGCUACGGGGUGUCAUACAUCAUCGUGGGAGAGGAUAUGAUCAACUUCCAUGUGUCAUCCAAAUACUCCUGCAACGAGACUGACUCGCACAGAUUCGGCUCUCAGAUAAGCAAAGCUCUCCAAGACAUCAUGACUCUCCUCACUCCUGACACCAAAACCUCCUCGUCCACCAAGUCCACGGCCCAGCCUCAGUCCAAGAAACUCCUCUGAACGCAGCUGAAAACAUGGGACUAUGUGCGUAUAUAUUCCCCUGAAGUCUACUCUGAGUGUAGAAACCAUGAAGAACCCGUUAAUUAGAACCUUACUGUUCUCAUAAACUGUUAUAUCACUGACUUAGGACAUUAAAGCAUUAAAUUAAACUGACUAAAGUUCAUUUAAAAUCAGCUCAAUUCAAGAAGAUAGAAAGAGAAAAACAAGACGCACAGAGGAAGCAACCAUUGUCCAAAAGCCUUUUUGUGUAGAUUGAACAAAUAUAUUUGACAGCCGUUCAGCACUAACACAUUUACUUUUAUUUAUUUUUCCGUGAGCCAUGUCUGUUAGAGAGUCUGCUUGACAACAAUAUGACGACACAAAAUGCUUCCAAUCCUCACUUGAAAAUAAAAACUGAGAUUGGCGAUUUUUAAGAGAAGGGGGGCCAAAGGUCAAUACUUAAAAAAAAAAGGAAGUCUUUUGGAGAAAUGUACGAGAGACAAAUGAAGAACAGGCGGACAGAGUCAAGAGUUCCUAAAUCUCACUUAAAGUGAAGGGGAUUUUUUUUUUUUUUAGUUUCUAAACAAACCAAAGUUUCCUCAGUGUGAAAUGAUGCUCUGCAGCUCAUCGCACUGACAU